GGGCUCUUGCCAAAGAAAUUCAGUUGCCCGGCAAGAAACAAUUAGAAAGAUGAUGAGUUGGUUGGGAGAGCCAUUAACCAACUUCUUAAGCUUCUUGAGUGUGUUGCUUCUCUUAGCUCUGAUCAAGGCCUUUCACAAACUAUGGUGGACUCCGAUUCGAAUUCAGAACCUGAUGGCUCUGCAGGGAAUUCAAGGUCCUUCUUACAGACUUAUCUAUGGGAACACCAAGGAAAUCUCCAACAUGAAAAAGGAAGCGAUGAGCAGGUCCACAAAUCUAUCACAUGAUAUAUUUCCUCGAGUUCAACCUCAUAUUUACACAUGGACCAAGAGCUAUGGGAAGACUUUUCUUCAAUGGUAUGGUCUUCGACCUAUUUUGGUGGUUACAGAACCUGAAUUGUGCAAAGAGAUCCUCAAUAACAAAGAUGGAGUUUAUCCAAAACAGAAGGCUGGUGACUUUAUGAAGAAGCUAGUAGGAGAUAGCAUUGUCAUCACAGAAGGUGAAAAGUGGGCAAAGUUGAGAAAGGUGUCCAACCAUGCCUUUCAUGGAGAGAGCUUAACAAAUAUGUUCCCAGACAUGAUAACUAGUGCCAUCGCGAUGGUAGAAAGGUGGAAAAAUCAUGAAGGGAAAGAGAUUGAUGUGUAUAAAGAAUUUAGAUUGUUCACUUCGGAAGUGAUAUCCAAGACAGCAUUUGGCAGCAACUACUUAGAAGGACAGAACAUUUUUGAAAUGAUGAUGAAGUUUUACCCUUUAUUGUCCAAAAGCUUUCUUAAAGUCAGGUUUCCUGGCAUGAGCAAGGUUUUUAGAACCAGUGAUGAGAUUGAAUCAGACAAGCUUGAGAAAGGAAUACGGGACUCCAUAAUGGAGAUGGUUAAGAAAAGAGAACAAAAGGCAGUGAAUAUGAGUGGGGAGGAAGAAAGCUUGGGGAGUGAUUUUCUAGGAUUGCUUUUGAAGGCUCAUCAUGGUGCCGAUAAGAAGAACCGGAUUUCGAUGAACGAAUUAGUUGAAGAGUGCAGGACAUUUUACUUUGCAGGGCAAGAGACCACUAAUACUCUACUUGCCUGGACUGUUGUGCUUCUAGGACAACAUCAAGAUUGGCAAGAGGAAGCGAGAAAAGAAGUCCUACAAUUAUUUGGGAAACAAAAUCCAAAUCCUGAUGACAUUUCAAAACUCAAAACAAUGAGCAUGAUCAUCAAUGAGACUCUAAGGCUAUAUCCUCCUGCUAAUCCGCUGACAAGGAGAGUUGCAAGGGAAGUUAGACUGGGAAAACUCCUACUUCCUGCAAAUGUUGAAUUGCUUGUCCCACCUUUAGCACUUCAUCAUGAUCCUCAAUUAUGGGGACAGGAUGCUGCACUUUUUAAACCAGAGCGAUUCUCUGAAGGGGUUGCUAAAGCUACCAAGGAUAAUAUGGCCUCAUUCAUGCCGUUUGGAUUGGGACCUAGAAUGUGUGUGGGUAUCAACUUUGCUGCCAUUGAAGCAAAGAUUGCUCUGUCAAUGAUUCUACAACGUUACUCAUUUACCCUUUCCCCAGGUUAUAUCCACUCGCCUUCUCAACUUCUUGCUGUUCGUCCACAACAUGGAGUUCGAGUAAUUCUUCAGUCACUUUGAGCCGUGAAGACCAGCUAGAACUCCCCAUAGAAACUGGUAUAUGUACAUGCUAGCUUACAAAACUGCAACUGCUAAGUUGAUUAUCAAGAAUCAAAAUACUACUUCAACACCACCCCAAACCUAAGUGAAUAAACAUCACAUUUCUGAGUUAAUAUUCCAAUACAUAUGUAACCCUUCUUAUUUGGUUGCUUAAAUACUUUGACCCUUUGAC